GGGGCCUUCAGACUGGUUUCUGUCUUGUUACGUGAUGUGAAGGUCGGGGAACGCUGUGCCGUGUGGUGUGUGUGUGUUUUCCCCCCCGUACGCGCUGAUAAACCGGCCCUGCCGAGCGAACAGUCUGAUAACGAGCCUCUCGCCUGAGAUACAGGCACAGACACCUGAACGCAGCACGGAGAGGGCCGGUCCGCACCGCCACAAACGAGCUUGAGCACAAGUUCGAGUUUGACGGAUCAGGAAAAGCGAGAUUGAAAACAAACACAGGCUCCUCUUUCAGACCCCCAGACUGGAAGAGACUCGAGAACAACUGGGCUCGGUUGUGCGUCUCUUUGCGGUGGUUUUAUGUCUCUCAGUUGUCGUUUCUUAACAUUUCUUGUCAGAAAGUCAACCAGUGAACCAUUAUAGUGCUGAUAACGUUGACCCCUUCAUGUUUUAACUUGCUUCAGCUUGUGUUUGAAAUAAAUGUGAAAUAAUGUUAUUCUCCGCUCUUUGUUCAGAUUGAUCCAGAGGGACAGACAGAGACAGACAGACAGAGACAGACAGAGAGAGAGAGAGGGGCGACGAUGUUUGAAAAUGUCCCAACAGUGUCCUCAGCGGAGCGUCAGCAGGUACUGGGAGCUCUGGACCGUCUGCACUCCAAACUGGUCCAGAGGGAAGAGUGGACCCACAGUGACACCCUGGGGAACCUGAGGGAGACCCUCCAGAGUCCACUAUUCAACCACAUCCUGACCCUGCAGCAUUCCAUCAAACAGCUCCGAAACCAGUUGAGCAGUAUGCCGCCUGACGCCUGCAGUGAGUUCAGUUUCUCCAAAAAGGGUCAGCUGAUCGUGAGUGCCGUUAAUCCCGCCAGCAGCUCGGCCCCGCCCACCUUGUCUGCCUCCUCCUCCAUCCUGACCAAUGGCUCAUCUCUGCCCAUCCAUCAGACUCCGCCCCCUUCCGACAUCCUCCAGAAGUGGAUCCUCACUACCGCCAAGGGACGUCAAACGGAGCUGGUCAGUCUGACUCGGCCUCUGUCUGGAGGCCUGGGCUUCAGCGUGGUCGGUCUGAAUCCUGCAGGAAGCAGCAGUCAGGGAGUCUUCGUCAAACACAUCCAGCCUGGAGGCAUCGCGCACAGGGAUGGGCGUCUCCAGGAGAGGGACCAGAUCCUGGUGAUCAACGGGAGUCCUCUGGAGCCGGGGAUCAGCCAGCAGAAGGCCCUGACCCUCCUGCAGCAGCCUGGAGAGACGGUGGAGCUGGUGGUGGCCAGGGACCGCCAACCCAACGCACCAUCACCCGUCACGGCCAUCAACACGGAUCAGUGGGGUCACGUGGAGGAGAUCAAGCUGCUGAACGAUGGAUCUGGUUUGGGCUUCGGCAUCGUGGGAGGGAAGACGACCGGGGUGGUGGUCAGGACGCUCAUCCCAAACAGCGUGGCUGAUAAGGACGGCCGUCUCCACACAGGUGACUACAUCCUUCGCAUUGGGUCAACGGCCACCAGUGGCCUCACUAGCGACCAGGUGGUCAAGGUGCUGCAGGGGUGUGGGAGUCACGUGACCAUGCUGAUUGCGAGGGAUCCCCUAGGUCAGAGGUCAACGGGUCCGCCUCCCCCACCACCUCCAGACUCUGCCCCUGUCUCCUCCUUACCCCCCCGACCCCCUGAACUGGCCCCCGGCCGCCGGGUCAGCAAGACGCCCAACCUGGAGGGAUAUGAGAUCCACGAGGUUCCUCUAACCAAGAACGACGGCCAGAGCCUCGGCAUCUCCAUCAUUGGCUACAAUCCUCUGACCAGCCAAGAUGCAGUAGGUGUGUUUGUGAAACAUGUAGUACCAGGCAGCGCUGCAGAUCAGAGCGGAAACAUCCGGGUCCAUGACCGACUGAUAGCUUUGGAUGGCGUCAGUCUUCACGGUAUGACCAAUCAGGAGGUGCUGGAGGUGAUGAAGCAGACGGGUCAGACUGUGGUUCUCACUGUGGUGAGGAAGAAAGCCAGAGCCCUGGAGAGAUCCCUGGAUAAAGUGGAGAGGGAGUCGUCUCAUGUGUCACUGCGGAGGUCAUUGGAGGUGAAGGCUCGCUCAUCUGGGUUUAGCUCCACAAUGAUGAAGCUGGAACCAAUGUACUCCAACACAGCACAGGGGUCCCUGACCAGGGGUGAGCCCACAUACUCAUACAGUCCAGACGUGCUGGUGGAAAAAGUGGUGAAGUUGGAUCCUGUCAUUGAAGAUGAUGCAGAGCUGCAGAAAUCCUCCAAGCUGUUGCCCGUCCACACUCUGCGCCUCGGUGUCGAGUUGGACUCGUUCGAUGGUCACCAUUACAUCUCCUCUGUGGCCCCUGGAGGCCCAGUGGAUAAACAUGGAGUCUUGAGACCAGAGGACGAGCUCCUCGAGGUGAAUGAUGUUCAACUCUACGGUAAGUCCCGUCGAGAAGUGGUAUCAUUCCUCAAAGAAGUGCCUCCCCCGUUCACUCUGGUCUGCUGCCGACACCCGACCUCUGACCUGGAACCGGAACCGGAACCAGAACCAGAAUCUGAACGUGAGUCUGAACCUGAGCCAGUGUUACGACCAGGACGUGGACCGGCAGGACCAUCACAGCCCAGUGUGGAGGAGAUCGAGCUGAAGCUGUCGUCGAUGCUCUGCAGUCAGACGGUUGCGAGAAACGACAGCAGUGAACAGCAGCAGGCAGACAGACAGGAGCAGAUAUCCCCUGUGGAGGAGGUUCUGAAGGAGGAUAAGAUUCAACACAGCCAGCAGGAGGAGGAAGAUGAGGAGCAAGAUGAAGAUGAAGAUGAGGAUGAAGAUGAAGGGGAGCUGGCUCUGUGGUCCCCAGAUGUUCAGCUGCUGGAGCUGCAGAAGGAGAGAGACAAAGGCCUCGGCUUCAGCAUCCUUGACUACCAGGACCCGUUAGAUCCUGGUCGCUGCGUGAUGGUGAUUCGUUCUCUGGUUCCUGGUGGCUCAGCAGAGCAUCAUGGUGGUCUCCUUCCUGGAGACCAGCUGGUUUCAGUCAACCAGACCCAGCUGGACCUGCUCACCCUGGCUCAAGCUGUGGAGGUCUUGAAGUCUGCCCCACCUGGCACAGUUCGCCUGGGUAUCCGGAAGCCUCUGGUGGGGGAGGGAUCAGAGGGGAGGACAGAGGACAGCAGCCAGGUGUCUCUCAACAACACUCAGCUACGUGUACCAAAGGGUUUCGGUGACGGCUCCAUCCUGCCUGAAGACCUUCGACAAGAAGAAGAGGAGGAGGAGGAGGAGGAGAUGGAGCCAGAGCUGAUCCUGGAUGGAGGUCUGCCACGCUAUACCACCUCCUCUCUGACCUCUGACCUCCUGCCUGUAGAGGAGGGCAGGGAGAUGGCUGUGGACGAGGUAGAGGAGGAGGAGGAGGAGGAGGAGAAGGAGGUGAAGACAGACGAGAGAGAAAAGGAGAGGACGGCCUCUCUCCCCAGGCAACCACCUCCAUCAUGGGAGGAGUGGAAGCUCUCCGCCUCCAGCCGGGCUGGACCAGAGGAGAGCUGGAGAAGAGAGAAGCAGGAGCAGCCCAGAGAGGGGGAAGACCUGCAGAGAUCAGACCGUGAAAGCAUUGUGUCCGAAGGAAAUCUGAUUCUGGGUCCUCCAGACUCCAGAGACAGUGAAGCAGACUCUGAGCUCACUCUGACAGACACUGACACAGAGUCUGUCAGGAUGAUUGACAUGGAGAGGAGACAGAGGCGGGGCCAGGGAGGAGCCUCUCUACCAAUCAGUGGCGUCCACAGUGAUCUCCCUGAAAGAGAGGAGGGGGAGGGAGAGGAAACUCCUGCCUUCAGUCACUGGGGACGCCCCCGCAGGGUGGAGGUGUGGGCUGAGGAGGAUCAGUCUCUGGGUCUGAGCAUCGUGGGAGGUCGUCACAUCAUCAAGCGUCUGAGGAACGGAGAGGAACUCAAGGGAAUCUUCAUCAAGCAGGUUUUACCAAACAGCCCCGCUGCCAAGACACUGUGUCUGAAGACCGGAGACAAGAUUCUGGAGGUGUCAGGUAUUGACCUUCGAGCUGCCAGUCAUGAGGAGGCGGUCAGUGCCAUUAAAUCAGCUCCGAGCCCCGUCGUCUUCAUCGUCCAGAGCCUGUCUGCUACACCGCGGCCUGUGUCUCUAACAGCUCCCACCUACAGCAAACACAAAGCAAAGAGGACAGAGCCUCCGAAACCAGGAGUAACCACGCCCCCUCUUAGACAGCCCCCACCCUACAGACCUCCCGGCCAAUCGGAGCACGAGCUGAACUCUGACCUGGAGCAGGCCAAAGAGCGUUGGUGUGAGCGUUAUGGAGACCUGCGGGGGGAGCUGCUGUGCGUGGAGCUGGAGAAGGAGCGGCAGGGUUUGGGUCUCAGCCUGGCGGGAAACAGGGAUCGUUCCCGCCUCAGCAUCUUUGUGGUGGGACUCCAUCCUGGUGGACCGGCCGCUCGCGACGGACGCAUCCGGGUCGGAGACGAGCUGCUGGAGAUUAACAACCAGAUUCUUUAUGGGCGGAGUCACCAGAACGCCUCGGCCAUCAUUAAGAGCGCCGCCUCCAAGGUGAAACUCAUCCUGCUCAGAAAUGAAGAUGCUAUAAACCAGAUGGCCGUCCCCCCCUUCCCAACUCCCCCUCCUCCCCCUGUCCUCAGCCCUGAGUGUGUCUCUCCAGCUCCUCCCGGUGUCCCCACCCCCAUAGACGGACCCCGCCCCCCUGACAGCCUGACGCUCCACCCAUCAUCGGACACGCCAGACAAGACGAGCGAUGAAGCCCAGCAGAACAACAAGAACAGAAACCGAGGCAGCAACGGCGCCUCCCAGAGUCCGAGAGAGGCUGACACCCUCAAAAAGAGGCUGAAAGCCGCAGAGUCUCCUGAAAAUGAGCUGCAGGCUCCGAGGGCCUCGCUGGAGCAGCAGUCCUGCAGGUCAUACAGCAGCUCCAGUAAACAGACAGCAGCGUCUCCUCCUCUGAUCAGCCCCAACCUGCAGAGCACCGACAAAGACCCAACAUGCUGUGCGGUGGUUCCUGGGCAGGAGACGGUGUUGGAGAUUUGUAAAGGUCGAUCGGGACUGGGACUCAGUAUAGUGGGAGGAAGAGACACACAGCUGGAUGCCAUAGUGAUCCAUGAGGUUUAUGAGGAGGGAGCUGCAGCCAGAGACGGACGACUGUGGGCAGGAGACCAGAUACUGGAGGUAAAUGGCGUGGAUCUCCGCGGUGCGUCCCACGAGGAGGCCAUCGCUGCCCUGCGUCAGACGCCGGGGAAGGUCUGUCUGACGGUGCUGAGGGACGAGGCUCAGUAUCGAGACGAGGAGAACCUGGACAUCUUUAAGGUGGAGCUGCAGAAGAAGAGCGGCAGAGGGCUGGGACUCAGCAUCGUCGGGAAGAGGAGUGGCAGUGGUGUGUUUAUCUCUGAGGUGGUCAGAGGGGGCGCUGCUGAGCUGGACGGUCGUCUGAUGCAGGGAGACCAGAUCCUGUCAGUCAAUGGAGACAACACAAGACACGCCUCCCAGGAAACUGUCGCUGCCAUACUGAAGUGCGCUCGGGGUCCGGUCCUGUUGGAGCUCGGCCGACUCAAAGCUGCAUCCUGGAUCUCGUCCAGACGCAACUCACAGGGCAGCCAGAUCAGUCAUUUGGGCUCAGCUGUUGUGGCUCCGCCCCUCACACAGACCCCAACCUUAUCUGACCCCCCCACCUCCGACCCCCCAACCACGACCUCCAGCGGGCCCCUGCCCCUCGACGACGACGUGAAGUCCCCCCCCGACAUCACUUCCUCCUCUGCCGACAGCACAGGGGUAGAUGCGGGCUUCCGUACAGUGGAGAUCGUAAGGGGUGUCAGUGACUCCCUCGGGGUGAGUAUAGCAGGGGGGAAGGGCAGCCCGCUGGGUGACAUCCCCAUCUUCAUCGCCAUGAUUCAGGCCAACGGAGUCGCGGCCAAGACCCACCAACUCAAGGUGGGGGACCGGAUCGUCAGUAUUAACGGUCAGUGUGUGGACGGUCUGUCACAUAGUGAAGUUGUCACCAUGCUGAAGAACAGCUACGGAAACAUCAGCCUGCAGGUUGUAGCGGACACCAACAUCAGUGCCAUCGCCACCCAGGUGGAGAGUUUGUCCGGCAGCUCCGGUCUGUCAGCCCACACUGACACACAGUCAGCAGAGCCAGAGGGUCCGCGGCCCCACAGUAUUAGUCUGGAAAAAGGCUCUGAGGGACUCGGCUUCAGCAUCGUCGGAGGAUUUGGCAGUCCACACGGAGACCUGCCGAUCUACGUCAAGACAGUCUUCAGCAAGGGAGCGGCGGCGGUGGACGGGCGUCUGAAACGUGGCGAUCAGAUCCUGUCGGUGAACGGGGAGAGUCUGCAGGGAGCGACGCACGAACAGGCGGUCGCCAUCCUGAAGAAACAGAGAGGAACUGUCACACUGGACGUCCUGUCAUAACACACACACACACACACACACACACACACCUGCGUGCACAUACACGCAUGAACACAAAAGCUCCUGUGACUGUGUUCUGGUGAAUCACGUGCCCCCUGACUCUCGGAUCGAGAACUCUGAACUUCCCAACAUGCAAAAAAAAGAAACGGCAUCAGACAGUGCCAAUACACACACACGCACACACGCACACACACACACACACACACGCACACACACACACUGGUGGGCGAAGCCAGUCCAAACUGAUGUCUGACACAUUGAAACCCUGUGCAGAAUGACCAGAUGAGUGUCACCACUCUACUGUGUUUUACAGAGUUUCUCAAUCUUGGGCUCGGGGCCACAUGUGGGGUCACCUGAUGUGCAGAAGGGGUCAUGAGAAACAUCUGAUAUAUUGAUAUUUGUUUGAGCCUGAUCGUGGUGACGUCUCCACAACCACCGGACAUUUUGCCAUGAGAUCUGAGGUCUGAGUUCCUGCUCCCCAGAGGAUGAGAUGAGUUUUCUCUUCGUUCAUUUCCUCCAGUUUCUCUCCUUUUUGUCUCGUCUCUGUUCAUCUAUACACACCCACCUUACAUCUCUCCACUGUCUUUGCGGUGUGCGCUAUGUGCACCAUCUUAGUUUAGCAUGUUAGCAGGCUAACAUUUGCUGAUUAGCACUAAACACAAAGAGGGGAACGUCCUUAGUUUUUCCUGUAUUUGGUCAUGAAGCUAUAGAACCUGGAAGGUGGUGGUGGGAAUUGUUUUCUGAAAUUAUUCUGUUACCUCACAUAUUCUUUAUUAUUAAUCAUUUGAGUCAUUUGUUAAGCAAAAAUGCCAGAAAUUCUCUGGUUACGUCGUUUGAAAUGUGAAUAUUUGCUGGUUUCCUCUCUUUUCUGUCACAGUAAACUGAAUCUCUUUGGGUUUUCGACUGUUGGUCAAACAAAACGAGACGUUUGAAUUCAUCAUCUUGAGACUCUGGGAAAUAAAGGGGGACAUUUUUCACCUUUCUUGACAUUUUAUGGACCAAACAACUAAUCAAUACGACUUCAUCAGUUGCAGCCCUAAGGAUACUUACAAUUCAUCUUGUGGGGAACUUGAAUGUCUGAACUCAAUUUCGUGGCAAUCCAUCACAUGGUUGUUGAGAUAUUUUAGUCUGAACCACAAAAGUCAAGCUCAACAUGUAGAGGAAAAGUCAGUUGGAUUCAUCACGUCUCUGCAGAAUUCCUUAUCGAAUCCCUCCAGCAGUUGUCAGAAUAUAAACUGUAAAAUUUGGAGAUUUGAGAGGAACGUGACACUUGGACACGGUGUCACGAGUCGGAAAGGCUGAGACUUGUUGGAAGACCCGCCACUGAUCCAGAAUCUGAUUUAAAACAGAGAGCUCAGUGCCCAGCGGGGUCACGGUGGAGACGCGUUUAAAUCCAGCCCGCACCAGUUGACACGUGACUCCGAGGACAACAGGGACGUUCGUUUAGUGGAUGAAAAGCUCAUGUUUAUGACCCAGAGGAACAGAAGGGAAGCGCUGGGGAAAAGAUGCGACUGGACACAGAUCUUUGACGCUGCUGCACACGUUAGCUUAGCAUCUCCCGUGUUGUAACAGACUGGUUAGCUGUUAGCCAUGGAGUCGCUGUUGUUAUAAAUGUGGAAACUGUAACGCCGAUCGUUCCAACAUCUCAUCAACAUCUGCCGUCAUCGGUGCACUAUCAGAGCAAACAGCUGUUAUACCUUACCAGGUGCAGCACAGGGCCAAAAGUCUGUGGACAGCUGGACAUUCCCUCCAUAUUCGACACCAUGUUCUAUAUUCUGCUGCUCUAACAGCCUCCACUCACCUGGGUUCAGUCUUUCCACCAGAUGUUGAAGCCACUGUUGAAUCCACUGUUGCCUAACGUACUGUUGUAUCCUGCAGCAUUAAGAUUUUCCCUCACUGGAACCAGGAGGCCCCAACCGAGAGAAAAGUACAGCCCUGUCCAUAUACUUUUGGCCAUUUAGUGCAGUAGGCCUAAGAAUGAUCACCCACUCUGAUCAUUGCAGUUGAUUUUGGUUGAAUAAAAUUACACACUUUAAGAAAUUUAUAUUUAUAUUUAAUGUUCUAAAAUGGUCAAAAUCAGAUUUAAAAGUCCAGCACUUCAAGUCCCUUUAUUUAUCUGUAUAAUUGUUAUAUAAAGACGUAAUAACUGGUUUUUUAACAGACUCUGAUGCAGCUGUGACCAGAUCUCAGUGUUUAUCAACGUCUCUGUUACCGGCUCCAACUCCUCCAUCAGUGGAGGCUGCUGGAUGAACAGACGAUGAACCACAACACAAUAAAACACAGGAUGGAAUAAUAGAAAAUAUGUGGAACAAACACUGAACGUUAAUAAACUCAGAAACAUGCUCUGAUAUCUGGGUUUGAACUGAACUACAGUCUGUUAUAGACCAGUUAUUACAUGUUUAUACACUGAUCAUAAAUAAUAAAUAGGGGACUUAAGUAAAAUAUUACCCUCCAAUUAUACGAAAUCUGGGUGAAAAUCAGAUUAUAAAAAUGAUAUUAGCGUUGCAAACACUUUAUAUUUCAUUAAAAAUUGCUUUAAAGUGCUUAUUUUCCUUUUUUUCCCCCUUCACUUUGUGUCAGUGAAGGUAAAUGAUAAUGAUGAGCUGUUUUUAGCUGCAGAGGAGAAUGAAAAGCUUCUACUUGUUGGUGCUUAAAGUCCUGGUUAAUCCAGGUUUAAAGGUCCUUCACACUCAGACUAAGUGGUGUCAGUUAUUCUGUCCAGUUAAACCUCUGCUCCGUUUGAAAUCAGCCAAGUCUUUGUCCAGACUUUCCAGGCUCCGUCUGUUGAAGCUGACACGGUCCAACAAAGGUGUCAGCACCACUUUCUGAUCGGGUGCAGUUACUGGCUUUAUUAAUGGUGAAGAAAUCCUUUACUGAUGCUUUAUAGAUCAGUUAUAGGACCUUAACAACAACGUCCUUUGGGUUGCCAGGUUGUGGGAAAUCCUGUCUGCUGCAGACACUUUGUCUUUUUAUGUCUUUAAUUCAUCAGGGAGACGUCUCCAGUGGACUGUUUGACCACUGAGCUUCUGGAAAACAGCCGCAGGACGUCUGGACCAAAGUCCAUUUACAGACUGAUUAUUAACAUUUACAGCUGCAGACUUGGAGGAUUGUAGAACAUUUUAUCGGUGAUUUGUUAACAUUUCUAACUGCAAGUGACUAAUGGCUCAUUACAAACUGAGAAACCCCAGAACCUUUAUUAGUGUCAUCCUAACAUUUAGAACCGCAGACCCUUGUGAUUUAUUAGAAAUCAAAUAUGGAUUUCCCACAACCUGGCAACCCAAAGGACGUGGUUAUUAAGGUCCUAUAACUGAUCUAUAAGGAAUUGGUAAGUGAUUUAUUAACGAGUAUUAUUAUAAAGCCUUUAUAAAUGGGGCCUUGUCAGAAAGUCGUACCAAACCGUCUCAUCAGGCAAAAUAAGCGACGGCAGCUGUUGCGUGUUUAGGGCCUUUAAAGUGUUGCACUGAUUUAUGAAGCCAGAAAUCUCACCUGGCUGCAGUGAUGCAGAAGUGUACUCCGGGGUGUGCCCGUACACUGUGACAUCACUGAUGGGCGUGGCCGCAGGUGCAACAGACUUUAGGUUUUCAACCGGCGGACAGAGACCGACACCGCAUGUCGCUUCAUGUUAGACUGGUUAUUGAAAUCUUCCUGGAAUUCAAAAUACACACAAACAUCACAAAGUUCAUCAUCAUAUUUAUGUUAAAUCAAAGAAUUCAGCUGUUAAAUUUCCUAAUUUACUCAAACAAGCUCUUCAUUUCUUUAGUCUCAUAUAAAGCGUCAUUAGAUAAAAUUAGCUGUUUGUUUCUCUGCAGUAUUUCACUGAUGAGCGUUGAAUUCAUCAUGAACACGGAUAUUAAACGUGAAACUAAGCCGCCAUUUUUCUUCCCUUCUUAUUAUUCAGUAAUGAAUCCAUAUGACACAUAAAUGAACAUUAUAUAGAUUAAUAUGAAAUACUGAUGUGGCUCCCAGGACUUGGUCGGAGACCCCGUUGCUCCCGGCAACGGAUACAGUCUCUUCCACGCGAUUGUUGUCGUGGAGAGAAAAUAUGACAAAAAACAAAAAGCUUUCUAGAAACCAGCGAGAAUAAAAGCGACAGACGGACGUUUGAAACCCUCUUGUUCUUCAGACUCGUUCCACUAAUGUGACGUGUUUAGCCUAGCUUAGCACAAACAGUGGAAGCAGAGGGAAACUGUUAGCCUAAAAAGUCCACCUUCCUGCAAGUCCUCCAAGUCUGUAAUGCAUUGAUGGGUUUCUAAUGAGUAAUUUAAAUCUGUACCUUUAAAUCACUAAGCUCCAAAUUAAGAGGUGGUUUUGUGACUUGGUAACAGGGAUGACUCCAGAUUCAGGCUUAAUAAAUUAAUUUUAAGUGUUUUAUACAUAUAUAUAUAUAAAUAUAUAUAUAUAUAUGUAUAAAACACUUAAUAUUCAUUAUUUUUUCAAGGGUCGUCUGUGUGUAUCCUGAAUUUUGACUGAAGGAGAAUUUGGGGCUCUUGUACAGUAUAAAAUAACAGAUGGCUUCAUGUUAAACCUUAGUUAAUCCAUUAUUCAUCCUCUUAAAAACCUAUAAAAAUACCAGAACUGCAUCAAGAUUAAUGGGUAAAAUUAAUCUUAUUUUAAGGUACAAAAAAAUAAUUGACAUUGGCAACAGUUUAAGACAAAAUCCAGAAUAUUUGCUGGUUUCAGAUUCUAUGAUGUGAAGAUCUGCCUUUUUUUGUCAUUUAUCACAGUAUAGAUAUAAAACAUGUGACGCGCUCUUCACCAGGCUCCAAAGCUGACGAAUCUCUUUCAGGUUUCUCAUCUCCAGCCACAGUUUCUCUCCUCAGAUCCAACAAAAGAUUUGAACUCUGAGUUGUGUUCGUUUGUAACUUUUAUUUUACCUUUUUAACAAAUGUGAGAAGGGAUCCAACCUUAUUUCAGACGGAGAACGCGAGGAUUUACUAGAACGUUGCUUCGGUCUUUCAUGUUACGGGGUGGAGGUAGUUGUCCGUCAGCUCUGAAGUGUAGAACGACGUCGGUCCCAACGAGGGAGGGAGAACAGCUUGUUUCUGUUCAGAGAUCCUGUACUUUACACACAUCAAUCAAGUGCAAAAUACUUUAUGUUCAGCUUUUUCUGUCAUAAUUGUUGUCUGAAUUUUUGGUACUUUAUCUGUGGAUGUCAGAAUAGAUGAACUGUAAUUUAUUUUUUGAUCUCGUUGGAAAUUCACGAUGUAUUUCUAUGUUGUAGCGUUAUUAUCGUGAUAUGUUGUGUCUAAAUCAUUGUCUGAAUGGUCAGAAAUCACAGUAGAAAACCUGCAGCUUUCGAACAUCUGUCAUAUUCAGAGUCGCUGUCAAAACCCAGCUGCGUUUUUGUUUUGGUUUUUUUAACCUCAUCUAAUAAUAAUUUCCUCAGAAAUUUCCUAGAAACAAAUAAAGAAAACA